AUGCUGAAAAAUCUGCCGUCAAUGCCGGAUUCUCAUCCUGUUAAAACUCAAGUAGAAGAAGAAAUCAAGUUCGAACAAGAAAUUAAAGAAGAGAACAUUAAAUCGGAGCCAAUGGAUGCAAGCCAAGACGACGGUCCAUUACUAAAGCCAGUCGACCUAGGUGCGACGAAUCCAACUUUGAAUAUUCUCAACCCAAUCGCCGGUGCCCAGUUUGUCCCGAAACAAGUGCGACCGAAUCGAACAGCCAAACAUCCGCUUUCAAAGAAUAUCCAAGAUCAAACAAAGCACCUAGUACCUGAGCGUAUCAAUAAAAAGAGAAAGUCGUACGAUCAGCCAGUCCGUGAUAGUCUGCCUAAUAUGAAUCCCUAUAAGCACAAAAUGCGUGAACCAAAGCAAUUUUCAAAUGGAGCUCCAGCAACGUCAAACCCGCCACUGCCAAAAACUAAUGACACUGUCAAAACGGAGCCAGCAGAACAGCAACCCUCGACGAAGCAACAAAAAGUCGAAGAGCCAGUUAACGAGGAUGAUUGGGAUGAUCUUCCAUCCGAGCUUAUGACGAUGGAAAGUGUGUCGAACAGAGACUGGAGGAGAAAGUGA